AUGUUAAGGCAAAGAAAAAUUAUAUUUGUCGUUACUCCAAUUCUUCCUACAAAGCAUGGCUUUUAUAGAAUAUGUCAAAUUACAAAGCCUUCUUUCCAGGGUCAGGACUUUGCCUCAUUGAUCGGUGGGCUUCUCGGUGGAGCAGGAGGUGGUGGUGGUGGAGGAGGAAAUCCUUUGGGGGGACUCUUCGCUGGCUUGGGAAAAGGAGGAGCAGGCGGCAAAGCUCCCGACAUUGCUAGCCUAUUCAGCGGAUUUCUAGGAAAAGGUGGCGGAACUCCACCUCUGUUUCCAAUGCCUGGUGGUCCGCCACCGGCACCUGCCCCAGCCCCUGGAAGAGGCAUUCAAGGCCCAACAAACAUAGCUAUACCUGAUUACUCGGAUUAUGACGAGAAAACAGUGAGCAAUAGGGAUAAUGAUAGCAAUACAUAA